AUGGCAAAGGGAAAGGUGCAAAUAAAGAAGUUAGAAGGGUCAGAAACCUCAGUUGCAAGCUCUUCCCCCACCCCAAACUGGUGGGAAAUCCAUGCCACUCCUCUCUCCUCUUGGCACUCCAUCAACCGUUGGCAACUCCACAGCCACCACUCCACCUCCUCCUCUUGUGAUGAAGACAACUCCACCUCCGCUGAUCUCUCCGGCGGCCCCUCCGACAACAAUCUUUGGACCCAUGUCCUUCUAAACGUUGGAGGUGGUGGUGAUAUGAGCCAGCAUCACAACCAUGAUGAUGGAGACAACUUCCUUGAAGUUUUGUCUUCGAAGAGCUUACCCACGGAGAUUUUCGAUCCAGCUUGUGAUUACUUGAAGAAAAUGGACAGUAGCUGGGAGAUCAACAACCCACCAUCUUUCAACAACUUCAAUGGAAGUUUAAUGGAGCAUGAGAGGCUCACCAAUCUCUCUGAUCUUGUGAAGAAUUGGUCCAUAGCCCCUCCUGCUGCCAACUCACAGUUUGAUUCACUACCAUGCCAUGUUACUCUCAAUCCAAUGACUUCUCCAUAUGUUAAUUCUCAUAUCAAGACUGAGCUUCUUCCAAGCAUUAAUGAAGGAAAUUCAAGUAAUUACAUGCCUUACAUGAAUGAUAUCAAGAUGGAGAACCAGCAUCAUCAAGAUAUUAUAGGAUCUUCAGAGCAUACUUCAGUAAUGAGCCAGUAUAUUAAUAGCAGCGCUGGAAUGGGAUACCAAGUUAGUGUCAAUGAUAAUAAUAGUCACAAUAAUAACUUUGAGAACAAGUUCAACAAUGCAAUCAGAAGUAGCAGUGAUGUUUCAUGGUCUGGUUCAUCAAGAAGUUUAUCAGACUUUAUAUCUUUCAAGCCAGUUCAGUUUAGAACUUGCAAGCAGGUUGCGGUUAAAAGCUCAGAUCACUCAUCUUCUCAUGAUACUAAGAAGCAAGGAUAUGAUACUUCAUCAUCUACAAAGGGAAGUGGGAGAAGCACUGGAACAACAAAUGAAGGGAAAAAGAAAAGAAGUGAGGAUAAUUCAGAAGCACUUCUCAAGAAAUCAAAGCAUGAUAAUUCAAGUGCUUCAUCUUCUGCCAAGCUGCAAGUGCCCAAAGUAAAGUUUGCAGACAGAAUCAGUGCGCUCCAACAAAUUGUUUCACCUUUUGGCAAGACUGAUACUGCAUCAGUGUUAAUGGAAGCAAUUAACUACAUCAGAUUUCUGCAAGAACAAUUACAGCUAUUGAGUGAUCCAUACAUGAAGCUCAAUGCAAGCAAGGAACACAAUUCAUGGGGAGGAAUGGAGAGGAAGGAGAAAGAUAAGGUUGAUUUGAGGAGUAGAGGACUUUGUUUGGUUCCCAUAUCUUGCACACCACAAGCAUAUAGAGAAAACACUGGACUUGAUUACUGGACUCCAACAUACAGAGGAUGUCUGUUUAGAUGAAGAAACAGACACUAAUUAUAUUUUUAAUUAGUGUUUCAUUUCUAAUCUCUACUGUUAUCUUAUAUCUAAUUAAUGCUAAUUAAUUAAUGCUCUCACUGUAUUGUUUACACUGUGACAUGUCUUUUAUAUGUCUGAAUGAAUGCCCAUCUUUUUCA